ACUCAUCUUCACAAUGCCAAGCUAUUACAAACUUCAUCUUAUACCUUGACCCAUCUUCACAAUGUCAAACUAUUACAAACUUCAUCUUAUACCUUGACUCAUCUUCACAAUGUCAAGCUAUUACAAACUUCAUCUUAUACCUUGACUCAUCUUCACAAUCUAUUACAAACUUCAUCGUAUACCUUGACUCAUCUUCAAAAUGUCAAGCUAUUACAAACUGUGUCUUAUACCUUGACUCAUCUUCACAAUGUGAAGCUAUUACAAACUUCAUCUUAUACCUUGACUCACCUUCACAAUGUCAAGCUGUUACAAACUUCAUCUUAUACCUUGACUCAUCUUCAAAAUGUCCAGCUAUUACGAACUUGGUACUUCUAUCUUGACUGA